AUGGGCCACCAGGUCGAGGAUGAAAAAUCAAAAUCAGCUGAACAAAAGACUCGACAAGACAUUCCUCCAUGCCAGAAUCAACCCAGCUAUUCUAUCGGCGGUCUGGAAACCCCGCCCGACUCGUCGUCGCCCAAGUCCAAGAGGUCGAGUAGGCAACCGGCCAACGCUCCCAACCAGUCACCGACUGCGAAGGAGCCCCAAGACACUUAUUACGUCGGCCGACCGCAAGGUUUGUCAGACCAGGCCACAGAUAAAAAGCCAGAAUCGACUGGACAAGAUACUCCAUACAAGAAUCAACCCACCUAUUUUGUCGGCCGUCCGGAAUUCCUGCACGACUCGCCGUCGACCAAGUCCAAGAGGUCGAAUGACAAGCCGGCCUAUCCGUAUGUUGCUCCAGACAAGCCCGAGCAUCCGAGCAAGUACAAAAAGCCCGACGUUCCAGCGCCGCAGCAGCCUUGGGAGAAGGAUAGCGAGCAGUUAUACGUCGGCCAUCCGGCGGGGUGGAACGGGAACGCCGAGCCGUUUGGCAACGUCUACCACGUCAAAGACGGGCGGGUGGAAAAAAUGGAGCCUUACCGUCCUUCAGAUCCGAAGUCGAAGUCGAAGUCGAAGUCGAAGUGGUGGGCUCUUUGA